AAAUACAUUGAAAUACAAAUACUGAAAUACUUUUCUUCCCUGUAUUAGCAUUUGGUGGCAGGGGAUCCCCGGCGGAUGGUGAAUGGCCCCUUGCUUUACCUGCCUGUUCAAGGGGCGUGAGGCCCACCUGGUCGGCCUCUGCACCGUGCGGGUACUUUGAGCGCGACAUCAGAGGCUGCCGGGGUUGGGGAGCUGUUCGUGGCAGCUCACGCACGCGCUGCGGACUUUGGAGCCGGCACAGUGUUGGACAGGGGAUGCUGGGUGUGGUUUAAUUUCUUCUUUACCACCCAGAGCCCGUGGGAAUGGGGUGGUAGGCACAAACUGAACACACCCUGCUGAGGGCAGGGGAUGCUGGGAGUUGUAGUUCAAUGCUGGCCAGGGAAUGGUGAGCAUUGUAACCCAAUGCCGACAACGAUCCAGUGCUGACGAUCCAGCGCCCAACCAUCCAGGGAGGGAGAGGGGAAGCCUAGCCCAGGUGAUGUAGUUUAUAGCUAAGGUUGCAACAGGUUCGUCUUAGUACAAUGGACUUGUAGCUUCAGUUUCUCACUGUACGUUUCAUACCUUACAUGCAUAGAUUCUCUGCCUCAGAAGCACCCGAGAGAUUCUGGAUUUUGAGAGAGAAUGCUAGCUGUUGGUGUGUUUUUUUUAAGUGUUCUUUCUUCCAGGGAUUGUAACUUCCCCGGAUUGUAUGACUUUUGUUCACCUGCCUUUAGAUCACUCUAAUAAUUGCAGAGCUAUUCUGAACUUUGUUCCAGUUCAUUAGUUUAUAUGCAAUCCAGCAGAGCAAAGACCCAUUCAGCGGCAUCUUUCAUUUUAGACACAUGGAUUCUCCUCCUGGCAACCUGAAGCCGGAUUUCUGACAAACCGAAUUAAGGGGGUACCAUUUCCAAGGGUUUCCUUCAACAAAGAAACGCUGCUGUCCCGAUCCAUGCUAAACAAAUUAAAGUUAUUUCUUUAACGCAGCACAUUGACGAAGCAUGGCUCUCUGGUUGGUUACCCUCGGAGGAGGGGAGGAGAAUCGACCUCCGGGCUUCGGAUACCUUAAGCAGGUAGCCAGCCAGCCAGCCAGCAGCAGCUUCCGUAAAGCAGGGAAGCUCACAGCCCCGGCUAGCCUGGAAAGGACCGCUGGGUGGGCACCUGGCAGCAGGCCGGUGGGACUGUGACUCCAUCAUGGGCGAGUACCGCAUCCGCGAGUACGAGGACCGAGACUACGAGGCGGUGCGCACCAUGUUCUCGCAGGGGAUCAAGGAGCACGUUUCCGCUGCCUUCCGCCAUGCCCUCAGCUGCCUCCAGACACACGUGCUGCUGGCUGUGGGUUUCCUCGUGGCCUAUGCGAUCGCCGGAUCCCUCCUCUUCUCCCUUGGACUUCUGGCCGCCCUUCUGGUCGUGGGCUGGAUUUAUAUAAAGUUCCUCUACACAAAUUAUGUCGCCGAAGCCCUUGCCGGAGACAUGCAGAACAUCCGGCAGACCUACCUGGAGCCCAAGGACUGCUGCUUCUGGGUGGUGGAGUCCGGCAAGGAAGCGGUGGGAAUGGUCGCCGCCGUCCAUCCGGAGGACCCAGCUCAGCGGGGCAGUGCCCUGGAGCUGAAGCGCAUGUCCGUGGAGAAGGCGCACCGCGGGCGCGGGCUCUCCAAGGCUCUCACCUGGACGGUCCUCCGCUUUGCCCGGGAGCGGGGGUACAAGGAAGUGGUGCUGUGCACCUCGAUGGCGCAGCUCACAGCCCAGCGGGUGUACGAGGGCCUGGGCUUCCGCAGAGUCCGGGUGGUCUGCCCGUCUCUCGUAACGAAGCUGGUGGAAUUCCACAUUUACUGCUACUGCUAUGAAAUCACAGAAUAGAAGAGUUGGA